AUGUCCGAGGGCGACGUCAAGCCGGCGGUGCCAGUCGUGGCCGAGUCGCACGAGGUGGACACGUUCCACGUCCCCAAGGCGUUUUACGACAAGCACCCGCACUCGAAGCCGCACCUGGCCAACCUCGAGGAGUACCAGACGCUGUACAAGGAGUCCAUCACCGACCCCAAGAGCUUCUGGGGCAAAAAGGCGCGCGAGCUGCUCACGUGGGAGCGCGACUUUGAGACGGUGCACUCGGGCAGCUUCGAGAAUGGCGACAAUGCGUGGUUCCUCGAGGGCCGCCUCAAUGCCAGCUACAACUGUGUCGACCGCCAUGCCUUCAAGGACCCCAACAAGCCCGCCAUCAUCUACGAGGCCGACGACGAGGGCGACGGCCGCAUCAUCACAUACGGCGAGCUGCUGCGCCAGGUGUCCAAGCUCGCCUACACGCUCAAGGAGAUGGGCGUGCGCAAGGGCGACACGGUUGCCCUCUACCUGCCCAUGAUUCCCGAGGCCGUCAUCUCGUUCCUGGCAUGCACGCGCAUUGGCGCCAUCCACUCGGUUGUGUUUGCCGGCUUCUCGUCGGAUUCGCUGCGCGACCGCAUCAACGACGCCGAGUGCAAGGUCGUCAUCACCACGGACGAGGGCAAGCGCGGCGGCAAGACGAUUAGCACAAAGAAGAUUGUCGACGAUGCGCUCAAGCAGUGCCCCGGCAUCACGCACUGCCUGGUGUACAAGCGCACUGGCGCCGACGUGCCGUGGACCAAGGGCCGAGACUGGUGGUGGCACGAAGAGGUGGACAAGUGGCCCAGCUACAUUGCGCCAGAGUCGAUGAACUCGGAAGACCCCCUUUUCCUGCUCUACACGUCUGGCUCGACAGGUAAGCCCAAGGGCGUCAUGCACACGACGGGCGGCUACCUGCUCGGUGCGGCCAUGACGGGCAAGUAUGUGUUCGACAUCCACCCCAACGACGUCUUCUUCUGCGGCGGCGACGUGGGCUGGAUCACGGGACACACGUACGUGGUAUAUGCGCCUCUGCUGCUGGGUGUGGCUACGGUAGUGUUUGAGGGCACGCCGGCUUACCCCAACUUUUCGCGCUACUGGGACAUUGUGGCUAAGCACAAUGUCAGCCAGUUCUACGUUGCGCCCACUGCGCUGCGGCUGCUCAAGCGCGCGGGAGAUGAGCACGUUAAGAGGGAAAUGAAGGCGCUAAGGAUCCUGGGGUCCGUGGGUGAGCCCAUUGCGGCCGAGGUGUGGAAGUGGUACUUUGAGGUAGUCGGUCGGGAAGAGGCACAUGUUGUUGACACAUACUGGCAAACCGAGACAGGGUCUCACGUCAUUACGCCCUUGGGCGGCAUCACACCGACAAAGCCCGGAUCGGCAUCUCUCCCCUUCUUCGGCAUUGAGCCUGCGAUUAUCGAUCCAGUGUCUGGCGAGGAGAUCCACGGCAACGACGUCGAGGGCGUGCUGGCCUUCAAGCAGCCAUGGCCCAGCAUGGCGCGCACCGUGUGGGGGUCGCACAGACGAUACAUGGAGACGUAUCUCAACGUGUACAAGGGCUACUACUUCACCGGAGACGGGGCUGGGCGCGACCACGAGGGCUACUACUGGAUCCGGGGACGAGUCGACGAUGUGGUCAACGUGUCGGGGCACCGGCUGUCUACGGCGGAAAUCGAGGCGGCGCUGAUUGAGCACCAUCAAGUGGCUGAGGCGGCGGUAGUGGGCAUCCAUGACGAGCUGACAGGCCAAGCCGUCAACGCGUUUGUGGCGCUCAAAGAAGGCGCCGAGACGAGCGAGCAGGUCAAGAAGGAUCUGGUGAUGCAGGUGCGCAAGUCGAUUGGGCCGUUUGCGGCUCCCAAGGCGAUUUUCGUGGUGCCAGACCUGCCCAAGACACGAUCUGGGAAAAUCAUGCGGCGCAUCAUGCGCAAGAUCGUGGCGGGCGAGGAGGACCAGCUGGGCGACAUCACAACGUUGUCGGAUCCGUCGAUAGUCGAUAAGAUCAUCGACGUUGUGCACCAGUCGAAGAAGAAGUAG